ACUCGUUUCCAACUUGUAUCGUCGUGAAAUAAUUGAUGACGCUACAUUAUUUCAUACGUGUUAUAGCACCGCGAUCACUUUUUUAUUACCUUGGCAAUUACGGUUCAAUUACUCUUGACACGUUCUGUCAUAAAACUUCAUGUUUACCUUCAUCAUGGUAUAAAAGUUUCGCAAAUGAAUAUAAGUAAGGAACUCUGAGCCGGGGAAUCAGUUUGACGAUUACAAUUGCCAAGUUGUGUUCAUAGAGGAGCUACUUCGCCACAGUUCGAUAUACCAGGAUUCCAGUCUUAACUUAAUACCUAUCUCGAUUAUCAAAGAGAGAAUGGCCGAGAGCGCGUAUCUUAUCAACACCACCUUUGGUGCUUGGGACUAUGUGAUCCUGGCGAUAUCAUUGGCCAUAUCGUCUGGGAUAGGUGUGUACCACGCUUGUGCUGGUGGCCGUCAAUCAACCACCGAAGAAUUCUUGAUGGCGGAUCGUAAUAUGAAUCCUAUUCCUGUCUCAUUGUCCUUGGUAGCAAGCUUUAUAUCAGCAAUCACAGUCCUAGGAACACCUGCUGAAACCUACAUCUAUGGUACCAUGUACUGGUUGUACAGCUUUGCCUAUUUGUUUGUUGGUUUUGCGACAGGAUCGUUCUUCAUCCCGAUCUUUUACAAAAUUGGCGCGAAAAGUGCGAAUGAGUAUCUUGAAAUGAGAUUCAACAAGGCAACUAGAAUUCUUGGAACUCUCGUCUUCUUCGCCCAAAUGAUCCUAUACCUAGGGAUUGUCAUCUAUGCUCCUGCAUUGGCGCUCAAUCAAGUUACCGGUUUGAAUCUAUGGGGAUCAGUCAUGGCUAUUGGGAUUGUGUGUACCUUCUAUACUACAAUUGGAGGAAUGAAGGCAGUGUUGUGGACUGAUGCCUUUCAGGUCAUGGUUAUGAUGUCAGGUUUCUUAGCUGUUAUCAUCAAAGGCUCUAUGAAUACUGGUGGGCUCGACAAAGCUUGGCAAAUUUGCGAAGAAAAUGGAAGGAUUGAUUUCUGGAAUUUUGAUCCUGAUCCCACCGUCCGUCAUACAUUCUGGACGAUCAUAGUGGGCGGAACCUUUACAUGGGGAAGUACUUAUGGAGUCAACCAAUCACAGGUCCAGAGAUAUCUCACGUGUGGCAAGGAAAAGACCGCCCAACUCGCCCUCUUCAUGGCUAUCAUAGGUAUGGUGAUAGUGGUGUCAGCAGCCUGCCUGUCAGGAUUGGUCAUGUAUGCAAACUUCGUAGACUGCGAUCCCUUUACGAUGGGCUACGUAUCCUCAUCUGAUCAGCUGAUGCCUUAUUUUGUAAUGUAUCUAUUUGGAAGUAUGCCUGGCUUACCCGGAUUGUUUACAUCAGCCGUCUUUAGUGCAGCACUAAGUACUGUAUCAUCUGGUCUGAACUCUCUGGCUGCUGUAACUGCUGAAGAUAUUGUAAAGUCUAUCUGGCCAAAGAUUGAAGAGAAGAAAUAUACUCUUGUCACCAAAGGUCUUGCACUUUUCUUUGGGGUUCUCUGUAUUGGAAUGACGUAUGUAGCUUCACAGCUCGGAGGGGUUCUUCAGGCUGCACUAAGUAUAUUUGGAAUGAUUGGCGGACCAAUGCUUGGGUUGUACAGCUUAGGAAUGUUCUUUCCAUGGACAAAUUCUUACGGAGCUAUUGGAGGUACCUUGUGUGGUUUGGUCUGGUCCCUAUGGGUAGGAAUAGGGGCACAACUUUACCCCCCUGAGGUCUAUAAACCACCACUAUACACAGACGGGUGUUAUAAUGAAAGCAUACUUACCACGAUGACUAUGGGACCUACUACUAUGAUGCCAACCGAAGAACCAAGACCGGCUAUCGCACCGUUAUACUAUCUAUCGUAUUCCUGGUACAGUGCGGCUGCUUGGCUUCAGACUUGUUUCUGGGGACUUCUGAUUAGUUUCCUGACAGGUUAUACCGAUCCAAGAACGGUUAACCCAAGUCUAAUAAGCCCUAUCGUUGAUCGUAUGUACUGCUGCCUUCCUGAGUCAAUCAAGAAACCGUUAAGAUGUGGUGUGGGAGAGUUGUAUCAAGAAGAUGAAGAACCAAAGGAAGAAGAUGAUACAGCAAUGAAAGUCAAGUAUGAAAACGCCGCCUACGUUAACGAUGAUGAGUUGCCCCAUCCCGUCAAUGGCCACUAUAAGUCUCAACUAAAUGGUGAUGCCUUGCCUGAGCAGAAAUUCAGAGAAAUUGGAACGCAGUUUACGAGUGAUCACGAAGACAGCAGACUGUAGAAUAUCAUGGGAACAUUUCCUGAAGCAUUCAUCGGUGUGAUAUGCAAUUAUAAACAUACUCUAAGAUGCAUUAAAGGGGUGUUUUCGGUCAUGUUAAUACAUGAAAAUUUCAUAUUUUUUUUGGUUGCGCUAUACCCCAGCGAUGCCGCCAGGUCGACACUGGACCGUUGGGUAUUACCGUACCCCCUUUCUUCUUCGGUUAAUGGAUCGUCCUGUCGGCAGCGCUGGGGUACAAUUUUCUUGUAAAUUAAGAUUAUGUUGUAUGUACUUAUACAAUGUUCUUUUUUAUUGAAGUGCAA